AUGGACUUUUGGUCUCGACUGAUAGGCGGCGCCGCCUCGGGCUCCUCCAAGGCCCUGCGCAAGAACCCGACUGGAAAACGACUGGCAGCAUUCAAGCACACAUGCAAUACCCUCUACCAAAUAUGGCGGAACUCGCCCUCGUUGUCCCCUGAAUCGCCCUCGAUCCCCUUGAUUCGAAGCUCCCUGAACCGCCUCAAUUCCAUCCUUCGAGACGAGUCUCGCGGGCCGUCGCCUCACCCAUGCCACUCAGACGCCGCUACGUCGCAGGUAUACUUGACGGUGACCAAGUUGGCAUUGGCAACGCACGAUCCGGGCGUGGUCUCGGCUGCGGCUGUGCUGUUGAACACCCUGAUCGAGUCUGAGGUGGAUGGGAUCGUGGACAGCAGCGUCUUCUCGCGGGCCCUGGUCGACCUAGUCUCGCACGGUAAUGCGUCCACCUGCAUCGACCGGCGUGAUAUCGAAGACGGAGAGUCGAAACUGGUCGAGCUUGUCUUUGGCGUCGCCAACGUUAUCCGUCUCCGUCCAGAGAUACUGCCAGCCUGGUUCUCGCCAGAGGAAAAGAAGGAUGGGUCUGGGGAACCUCAACGGAUAGAUCCGUCGUUGAGGGCUGGCAAGGAGUUUGCAGGUGUCACUAGGAGAGACGACUUUCCACUCUUCUAUCUGUUGGUGGACUAUGUGCACUACGAAGGGAGGACAGGGGACUUUGCCCGGACGGGGCUACUAUAUAUAAUCGAGACUGCAUCUAAAGUCAAGGAGCUGGAGAGAUGGCUUAUCGAGAGUGACAUGGCUACCUUGAUGGCUAUUGGGCUUGGUGCUUCCUACAGCCAACUCAGCCGGCUCCUGAUAUCAACCGACAGCCAUGAGGAUAUCCCGGCUAUCAUUGCGCUAUCAGACCAUACUGAUCUGGAUAACACCGUGCAUCACUCGCACCAGGGACAGUUAGAUGCAUUUCUCUCCUAUCUUUUAUUCUGGCAGGACGCCAUCGACCAUUGCAAAUCGCCUGAAGUAACCGACACGCUUCUCGACCACUUCCAGGUCUUGUUUCUCGAGCAGCUUCUAUAUCCCUCGCUGCUGGAAUCAUCCGACGUAGCAGGCGGCUCUACAUCGUCAGUGAUUACCUAUCUGAGCCGCAUACUGGAGUCCAUUUACCAGCCGGUCCUGGUCAACCGGAUACUAAACUUCCUGCUCGCUUCGCCAGCCAGCGAGCAGCAGCAUAUCAGGCUUACAUCGACCAAGAAAAGCCGUAUGUCGCUGAGCCGGCGGAAGUCACUGGAUAUACUGGCCUCCUUUGCCGAGGCGGCGGCCAAACCAUCUCCGACCCUAUUCAACCUGGUCGAUCUUAUCUUGAUGGGCAUACGGUCGCACAACCGGCAGACCGUUGUGGCAACGCUGCGGCUAAUAACGGUUGUGAUACAGCACCAUCAUGAGUUUGCAAAUCUGCUGAUCAAGUCCGCAAGGGACCAGAGUUCCCAUCCGACGGAGCUGCGUACGGUGGCUGCGCUCAAUGGGGAGGUGCAACGGCUAUUCACAUAUGCUACAGACCUGCUGGAUGAUCCGUGUAUAGAGCCUUCGUAUGAGAACUACAUCUCCAGUGCUUUGUCGUCAGAGCCAUGUGGUGCCGUGGAUCGUCGACGUCAAGGGAGGAGUGUUCUCGGGAAUGCUGGAUCUGCUGCGCCGGUUCUUCACGAACAGCGUGGUGACCAACCUGGCUCUGACAAACUCCUUUUCGGCCCUGGCCUCGUCCGACCUGAUAUCUCUGGACGGCUGGCUGCUGUCUCACCCUGA